UGGACUUGCUGAUCCUGAUGUUCUGCUGCCUCUCCUCCUCUUCCUCUCUCAGGAUGAAGAUGAUCUCCAGCAUCCUGCUGCUCCUCAUCCUCAGCUCAUGUCUCUGUGCAGCAACAUUUGUAGUGAAUGUGACACAGAGCAGCUAUCAGGCAGAGGAGAACCACAGCAUCACUCUGGAGUGGACCUUCACCACCAAGACUCAGGGAUCCUGGAGGGAACUGUUCAUUUAUUGCAGCUUACUGGCUCCUCAUAAAGAACUAGUUCUCUAUCAGGUCCAUAAUGGAGUUGAGUUUCCAGAGUCUCAGCAUGAACAGUUUUCAGGACGAGUCCAGAGUGACAAAGACGUCCUCAGAGAAGGACGAAUCAGACUCCAUGUGUCCAGACUGAGGACUGAAGACUCUGGUCAGUAUCUGUGUGACGUGAAAACUGAAGAUGGUUCUGACAAUGCAGAAUGUCGACUCAACGUCUUUGUUCAUAGAAUCAUCUCAGCUGUUCCUGGACAGAACGUCUCUCUGCCAUGCCGACUCCCCAACAACAAAUCUGCUGUGGUUGUGCAGUGGACCCGAUCAGACCUGGAACCAGAAUAUGUCUUCCUGUUCAGAGAUGAACAGCCUGAUCCAGAGAUCCAGCAUCCAUCUUUUAGGAAGCGGGUGGAGCUGCAGGACAGACGGAUGAAGGACGGAGACGUGUCUUUGCUUCUGAGCAACGUGACGACCAACGACUCGGGAAAAUACGAGUGUCGAGUUUUCCAGAGAGAAUCAACCAGGAGGAAGAGACACACUUUGACCUCUGACCCCAUCGGGAUCGUCUUCCUGGAUGUAGCGCCUCCUACAGAAAAUGAGGAGGAAAAAAAAGAAGAUGGAAGCAGAAACAAACAUGUUGGAUUGAUUAUUGGAGUCGUUCUGAUCGCUGCACUGAUUAUUGGUUUGAUUAUUUGUUCUUUGAUUAAAAAUAGAAAAACAGAAGAAGCAGAAGAUGAACAGAUCACCAAACUCACAGUGAGUGUUAAGAACCGUUCUGGUUCAGAGAUCCACAACCUUCAUCCUCAGAGCUCAACAUCCUCCAUCAUUUGAAUGUGACUUUGUUCUAACAACUUGAUUGCAAUGAUUGCAGCAGCUCCUCUGCAGGCCAUCAGGUUCUUCAGAGGAGUUUUAAUCAUUCAAUCAUCUGCAGGACUUUGGACUCUGAGGACCAGGGUUGGGAUCUCUGCUCCAGUUGACUCAAGAUUAGUUUCUUCAACUGUUACAAUCAAUAUUUUGAUGCAGUGAAAGUGAAUUUUGGUAUUUUGAACAAAUCAAUUUAAAGAAGCAGGAACACAUUUAUUAAACAUGUAUGCACAAAAAACAGUUUUGCAAUUUAAGAAUCAAUAAUUUUAUCUACAGAAUUUGUUCAUAAACACAGUGAGAAGAAAUUUACACUGUUUUUAUUCUUCAAUAUAAAACAUGUAAAUAUGAUCUAAAAAUAAUAUAUCCCAUUUAUUAUAUUUUAUUUAUUUCCUCCAUUACUAUUUAAAGAUAUUUAUAUAUUUUCAUAACUUUGAUUAUAUUGCUAUAUAAAUAUAUUAAUGCUUGUAAUUUUUUUCCUUUUUUUAUCUGUUCUGUUUCAUAAAGUCUCUCCACAGGUUGAUGUUCACAUUGUUUCAAUGUUGUUCUUAUUUUUAUUCAUAUUUGCCCUUAAAUCACAUCUUCCUUCUGUUUCUGUAAAUUAUUAUUGAAUAUUUUUGCAUGUGUGAAUGUUAUCUGUUGGGUUUAUUUCCAGUGGGAAUUUAAUGUACAUUAUUUUGUAAAAAGUGUAUUUUUAAUCUUAAUGUAUUAAUCACCUUUAUUGCUUUUUUUAAAUGUGAUUAUCAGAUGCAGAUAAUUUUUAUAACUUUUAUUCCCAGACCUAAACACAGUAGAAUAAAGUAAAGACAUUGAUG